UUAAAUAAAAAAAAUUCUAUCGAAUAUAAAUAAAAUAAAUAAAAUUAUUGGUGUCUAAUUUUUUAAUAAUUAAAUUGAAACAACAUGUACAAACCAACGUUUUUGUUAAACAUAUUAGGAACUUGUAUUAUUAAAUAUAUUUUUGCCGAAGAAUAUGACAGCGAUGAUAAACUUUACAUGUUCGUGUCACCGGAUCAACAUGAAAAGACGCCACGUCUCGAAGAUUUUUUCUGGACGGGCUCAGGGGAUGGCCCGCCAGCACCGCCGGAUCUCCCAUUGCCAACACCAUCACAACCCGCCACGCCACUUAUUCGGACAACCACUGUACUCGCCACAGUGUAUCUGGAUUCGUUCCCGCCACAGGCGGUGACUGACAAGACCACUGGGGAAUGCGUACUGAACUGUGGAGAUGCUGUUCCUGACAGUUUGGAGCCAGAGAUUCCUGAAGACCGCCGCUAUUGGCUCCUCACUGUCAUCCAAGGGUCCACACCUGACAGCUUGCAAUUAAAGCUCGCAAGACUAUAUCAGAAAGCAUUUUUGAGACAACAAGAACGACACCUGGGCAUCAUCAAAUCAUUAGACGCACCAACUGGUAGGAAGAAACAUGAUGUUCACUCGUUCGUAGUAAAUAAAGACAAUAAUAAUAACCAAGUAAACUCCAUUAGUUCUGAAACACCUUUUAAAUAUUACGAUAUACAUGGUACCGUAGUUUCUGUGGAAUCAAUUAGCUCUAUAGCCUCUGAAAGCUUAGUUAUGCCUUCAUCUGAUAUAGUAUCAAGUUCGUCGAGUAUGUUGCCAUUAAAUAUAGAAAAUGUUGAGAUAUUUUCAUCUAAUAAUGUACAUAAUGCAUCAUCGAGAUCAGAAAUAAGAGCUACAACAAUAAACGAAGUGGAGUCAUGGAUAUUAGUGAAUCCGACUAAUGUUGUACGAAAAAGGGAAGUAUCAGAUCGAGAGGAAAUGGAAUAUGAUAAGGAGGAAAUGAUCGAUAUUCCAUUAGAAGCGGAUUAUGGUAAUGGCACAGCAUUGUUCAAGAGAGAGAUUAUAAAACCCGAGCAACAACCCCCAGUGCAAGUGCAUAUCCAGAAUAUAACUGAGUCAGCAGAAUCCGGGAGCGUGCAAAUAAUAUACGUGGUGUUGGUGGGUGGUCGAGCGGUGCCGGCGGCAGUAGCUGCUAGAGAUAUGAGGCUGGUUAGAGAUGCUGAGGUGGCACACGAGUUGGGUGCCGUCGUCACAACGAAGGCUGAACCAGCGUACUUGAAGGCGGCCGAGGGUCUUGAAGGCGAGGCCAGUACUGGAGGAGUACACGGUACCGAGCUUUGGGCGCUGGCCAUCGGUGCCACAAUAGCGGUGCUACUAUUGCUAGUCAUAAUAGUUCUACUAUGUUUUGCUCACAGAAAAAAGUCAAUGAAAUCAGCGGCAUCACUCCGUGCAUACAGAAACGAACUGUUAAGAGAAGCCGAGAGAAACCAAUUGAAGCAAGUACACGAAGAAAAGGAUGGCAGGUUGAUCAGCGUAGUAUCUCCAAGUAGAACAAGACCGAGUAGCAGUACUCUAUUGCCUAUUUAUAGAGCAGCUAGUGCUUCCAGUACAAGUUCAUCAGGCGUAUCAGAGAUGGCCGCUGCACUACGAAGACGACAAAAGAAACCUCACGCCCUGAGGAUGCCACAGAAGAAGAGAGUGGGUACGACGGACAGUCUUCUAGAGGCAGCUGGUGUGGAUAGUUCAGAUAGCGGUCAGCCUUCUGUACCGCACACACCCACAUCAUAUCUUUCCAUGCCUUCCGUCAAUUCAUUCCCAAGAGGGAACAUAGUGGAACCUCUCUCAAGAAUUCUGGAGCCCGUAUCGGUGCGUCAUCUAGAUAUAGACUCUCCAGUCACCAGCCCCAAGUCCAAGGAGAAAGGUCAAGACAAGUCUAAGGAUGUAGUGCCUCGGAGACAAAUGCCCUCGCAGUUAGUCAGGCUCGGGAGUAUUGAUAAGGAUCCUGGUGUCAUCGGACCACUGGUCUGGGAUCUUCACUGCCAAAGAAUAAAAGAUGCAUCGAAACCAUCGAGUCCUGCGCGGUCAGUGGCGGGUGUGAGUCACGAAGAUAGCAGUCGAAGGGCGGGUGCUGGCCGCAUGAGGCGCCGUUUCAACGAACUUAUGGACGAUGCCUUCACGCUGUUUGGCAGCGCUGCCUCCAGCCCCAAAUCCCAUCAUACUUUUACAGUCGAUCCAGAAAGAGACAGGGACAAAAAACCCGAGAGAGGGCCAAGCGGCGUGGAGGACCGUUCGCCGAUAGCUCAGGCGCGUAACGAAAUGGUGCGGCUACCGGGGUCGCCAUACUCCGCGCUUGCCACUCUACGCGGUCGCUCCGCAGAUACGCACAUGAGAGAUACGGGGACGGGUACAGCAGGCCCCUCUGAAAGCCGGCCACGGACGUCGCAGACGAGGCCGGCGACCGAGAGGAAGGCGCCACCACCAGCCAGGGCUUGGGGACCUACUCCGCCCCAUUCCCUAACGUCUCGCCUGCCACCAGCGCCGAUCGUGAACACCGCUUUGAUCCGCGCCGAAGGUCACCUACCAGCUGAAGAUCCCGCAUUGCCGCUCAUAUCUGCCAUCAAGGACGAGAUUCAACGCAUUAGGGACCAAGCCAAGCCUACGUAGUCUUUUCAUGGAUGACAGUGGAAAGGUAAACCCGCCUACGCUAUCUGUAUAUACUAGCGGGGCACCAGUAAUGAGUGAUAGGUGGGGAGGAAAACAGGUUAGUUGGUCCAUCAUGACGAAUUCAAUAAGAAUUAACGACGAUGUUUUCCAUGUCGCAUGAAGGUCGUCUUGACAAUAUAUUGGGGUCGAUUCAGACAAAAAUCAGUCAUUUUUCUAAAUCUAUCUCUUUAAUUUGAUAAUUUUAAAAAUCCUAUUUUGUGGAUCAUCGUGAACUAAAUUUAUUGCAAUUUUCAUCAUCAUACCAACUGUUAACUGUCCACUGAUGAACAUAGACUUCUCACUUAGUAGGUUUUGCCGGUAGUUGCCACGCUUGGCAAGCAGAUUGGCAACUGUAAUUAGGCUUUCGUGAUGUUUUAAGGGGGAAGCUAGUCUAUCCGUCGACCAAUAAAUUCCUUUAAUUACUUCUUAGUCGACACCCACGAGAAAGAAAAGGGUGGACCACACGGCAAAUUUAUACUAUCUAAUGCAAGCCAUUAAAUCUAUUAGAAAUUUAGUUAAUACUGGUCCUUGGAAUAAAGAUUUUGCCGUGAUAUCAAAUUGAAAUUUUAAUUAAGAGACAAGUUUAGAAAAACGGCGUCUCGGAAUCGACCUCAUUAUUAGGAACGGGGCCGCUAGUCCCCUAUACUAAUAAUCCACACCACAAUGUGUUUCUUCUUGAGCCUUCUUGAGAUUCUUACUGUUCACUAGUACCAUUUUUUUAGUUCCACAGUAGAAUUUUGAAAAAAUCCCUUAAGACCAGAGUCAUAGAAUCAAUAUCUAAGAAUAAAAACAAAAAAAACUCCACUGUAACUUUCCAUUUGUAUCUUUUAUGCCUCCAUACAUAGGCUCAAUUGUCAUUUGUGUCGAAUCAAAGUGAAAUCGUAACUAGGUUUUUUUUUUCUAGAACAAAUGGAAAAAAAACAAUUUCGAUAUUAUUUACCAGUACAAUGCCAGUUGCCAGGCAAAUAUUUAUAAUGUUAAAUAAAUAAACUGUACAAGUAAUUCUAAGCUGAAGUGCAAUUAAAUAGAUUUAAAAGUUGAAAGACGAGAAUCAAACUUUGAUAACUUUUAGAAAUGUGCUAAUAUUAUUGUUAUUUUUCUAUUGUUUAUAUUUGUUAUUAAUUAAAGCAUAUUAUGUUUAUUAUAUAAUUUAUAAUCGGAGACUUAAUCAUAUUUCUUUCUCGAAUUACUUCAGUUUAAAAUAAUGUGGAGCUGUAAUUUUUUCAGCAAUUUUAGCUCAUUUUGUACGGAGAAAACUAGAAUUAAGAUAGUGAAGUAGGUAAGAUAGUAAUAAUGUACGAUUUGACGGUACUCUCAUCUUGUUAUUAGUAUUUAUUAGCAAAAUUGUUACAAAAAUAUAUACUCUUUUAAAAUUAUGUAAUGAAAACGUCUUUAAUGAAGGGAUUAUUCAUUAAUUGAUUCAAAAUGUAAUGUGUUCUUACAAAAUUUUUAUGAAUGAAUGAUCUACAAAACGGCCACUUCAUUUGUGAAAAAUUAAUAUGAGGCCAACAUGGGAGUAUUGUAUUGUAUCAGCCGUGAACUGUCCACUGCUGGACAUAAAUUUGCUCCAUAAAAGGGGGAUUUUGCCAAUAGUUGCCACGCUUUGUAAGCGGGUUGGCAACCGCAGUUAGACUUUGGUGCUGUUUUAAGAGGGACGCUGUUGCCCAUCCUAUUAAAAUUCCUUAGUCGCUUCUUACGACACCUACGGGAUAGUAAGGGACAUGGAAGUCCCUAUCAAUCGGGAAAAGUAUUGUCAAAAUCGGUUCAGGCUUAGAGAAAAUAUAAUGCCACAAAAAAUUGAGGCGAAUUGACCUCUUUGUAAUUGCUUAAAAAUUAGGUAAAAAUUAUCAACAACUGAAUAAUGAAUUUUGUACUUUAAUGUGCGAGUAUGUUACUGAGAGUAGUUUUGUAAAAUUAUGUAAUGUAGAUUAGAAAGGAUAGAUGAGACGUACCGAUUAAUGAUUUGUUUUUGUAUACCUAUUUGGCACAAUUAGUAAACAAUUUUGAUAUGUCUAACAAUGCAUAAAGCCUAGUUGUUAAGAUAAACAAAUACAUAGCAAAAUUAAAAAUCUUAUUGCCGAUUGUAUUUUCAAACUAGCUGACCACUUUCCACGUUUCUAAGUCGUAUAAAAAUUUCCACGUUUCUAAGUCGUAUAAAAAAAAAAUCAUACCUUUAAUGCCAACUAUUAAAAUUACUAUUUCGAAGUAGCAAUUCUCAUAAAUAAUCAAUUAUUUAAUUUUUUUAUUUUUCAGCUGAACAGUAGGGGCUGUCAAACUUUUUUUUUCUUUUAAACUACCACCCGUAUUACAACGAAUUAAAUUAAAAAAUAUAUAUAUCUAUUGAAAUCGGUCAAGCCGUUUCUUACUUUUAGCGAGACUAAAGAACGGCGAUUCAUUUAUAUAUUAUACAGAUUAUCAGUUUCGACGAAAUUACACGAUUAUUUUUUAUUAUAAAGAUAUUGGAAACGCUUUAGGUACUUAUAGUAUUUUAUCUGAAUUUUACUAAUUGUGCUAAGUAUAGAAAAACAUAAAUCAAUAGACAUCAAUAAGAUUCGAUGCCAACACUUACAUUGUAAGUUAACUAAUCUACCUGAAUAAUUCUUUUUUGGAAUUUGUUUAUAAUGUCUUUUUAAUAUAUUUGUUUUGUAUAAUAUUCAUGUUUCAUUCAAUCCUUUAAAGACUUU